AUGGUCCACCCUGUAUUCUCCCUUGCCACAGAGAUAAAAGAUAAGAUGGCCACCUCCUCCUCCACUCUGGAAGAAGACGAGAGUUUGAAGAGCUGUGAAAUCUUUGUGCAAAAGCACAACAUCCAGCAGAUCCUCAAAGAGUGCAUUGUGAACCUCUGCAUCGCCAAGCCAGAGCGUCCUAUGAAAUUUCUGCGGGAGCAUUUUGAAAAGCUGGAAAAGGAAGAAUGCAAGCAGAUCAUGGCACGGCAAAAAUCUAACAGCCAGUCAGACUCGCACGAUGAUGAGGUGUCUCCACCACCACCGAACCCUGUCGUCAAAGCCCGCCGCCGCAGGGGAGGAGUCAGUGCAGAAGUGUACACUGAGGAGGAUGCUGUCAGCUACGUACGCAAGGUGAUUCCAAAAGACUACAAGACCAUGACGGCCUUGGCAAAGGCUAUCUCCAAGAAUGUGCUGUUCGCUCACCUGGAUGACAAUGAAAGAAGUGACAUAUUUGAUGCCAUGUUUCCGGUAACCCACAUCGCAGGAGAAACCGUCAUUCAGCAAGGUGAUGAAGGUGACAACUUCUAUGUGAUUGACCAAGGUGAAGUUGAUGUGUAUGUCAAUGGUGAGUUGGUGACCAAUAUUGGAGAAGGAGGUAGUUUUGGAGAGCUGGCUCUGAUCUAUGGGACUCCAAGAGCUGCCACCGUCAAGGCCAAGACUGAUCUUAAGUUGUGGGGAAUUGACCGAGACAGCUAUCGACGUAUCCUGAUGGGUAGCACUCUGAGGAAGAGAAAGAUGUAUGAAGAGUUCCUCAGCAAGGUCUCCAUCCUUGAGUCUUUGGAUAAGUGGGAGCGUCUGACUGUUGCUGAUGCUCUUGAACCUGUCCAGUUUGAAGAUGGAGAGAAGAUUGUGGUGCAAGGAGAGCCUGGUGAUGAUUUCUUCAUUAUUACAGAGGGAAUAGCCUCUGUUCUGCAGCGCCGGUCUGAUAACGAGGAGUAUGUGGAGGUGGGACGCCUUGGACCCUCUGACUACUUUGGUGAGAUCGCCCUGCUGUUGAACCGUCCCAGGGCAGCCACCGUGGUGGCCCGAGGACCCCUGAAGUGUGUGAAGCUGGACAGGCCUCGCUUUGAGCGCGUUCUCGGGCCGUGCUCAGAGAUCCUCAAGAGGAACAUCCAGAGAUACAACAGCUUCAUCUCCCUCACGGUCUGA